GGUAGUAUGUCAUCAAGUAUGUUUCUCUUCCUGGCAGUCAGUGGGAACAUUUACAUAGCUGCGGAUCGAACUUCGUUCAAUGUAUCUCAAUCGCCCAAAGAAGCGGUGGUAUCCAAAGGAGAGAACGUCACGUUCUACUGCGUAUUUCCCAUUUCCCAGGAUGAAUCCUGGGUAAAAGUCUACUGGUGGAAACAGGGCGAGAAUGAAUACCAACGGACUAGCACCGGCAGCAGAAAGCGUUCCGGUCGGAGAGGUAAAAGAACUUGGUACUUUGAGUUGCAAAAUGUAAUGGUCCAAGAUUCUGGAUUGUAUCUGUGUUCAUUGACCCGCAAAGGAUUGCCUGCAAGAAAUGGAACCGGAUCACUUCUGAAAGUUCACGCAGUACCAACUCCAUUGAAGAUUUUCGCGAAAAAGCAUUCAACUACCGCCUUGAUUAUUGUGUGUGAAACAGCUGCAUUUUAUCCCAAGGACUUCUCGCUUACCUGGUAUAAAAAUGGUGUUGAAAUAGUUUUGGGCACGCAGACUAAUAUAAAGAAGAACACCGAAGGUCUUUAUGAGGUUUCGAGCAACUUGACAGAGAUGCAGCCAGAUAAGAUCGGCAGGAAUUAUACCUGCAUGGUAUCUCAUGUCUCGCUCAAUACUUCAGCGGUGGCAGUCUAUUCUAUUUCCAAAUCUAACCAAGGUUCCUCUGGCAAAUCUCUUUCCAUUUGGGUUUCCGGUGGUACAUUGGCUGGAUUUGUGAUCUUACUGCUAAUGUUCGUCAUUCGGACGCAGUGCCGAAAGCAGGAAAGGAAGGUUAAUGAAGCAUGUCUUACAGAAGCGGAUCAUCCUGAGAAAACGGGAGCCGCGGCUGCAUAUUACGCCGCUGUAGACUUCAAGAGAUUCAAGCACACUCCAGAACGAAAAAGCCAUCGUGAAAAAAUCGCGUUUGUUCAGGCAGUCCAAGAACAUUCAAGUGACGAGUUGUCGUAUGCGACCUUGGCAUUGACUGGAAAAAACAACAGGAGGAUUUGCAUAAGUAACACAGAAUAUGCCGAGCUGCAGAGACACAAACAUAUGGGAGAAACUGUGGUUGUACAUCAAAAAUAAGAUGAAAUUUGCCACGCCAUUAUAGAUGGAAAGGGCGCGUCCUUGGUAAGGCCUUAGAACAACGCGGAACUAUAAGUAACAUAAAUCGGAAUCGAUAUUUUUUCUUGUAUAUACUCCGCCAGUUAGUGAAGUCUUAUUUCACUACAAAGGCAAAUGUUACUAUAGACACACAUUACUUUAUCGCUCUGUAUGUAAAAUUGUGUCGUCUUCUGCAGUUCCUAUACUCAAUGACUGCGCGAGGCAUGGUGAAUACCAUGGAUUUAUUGCACAUUUGAUGAAAGCAAUAUUCUUCUCUGUUCUGAAUUACUGACUUCAUAUAUUUGAACUGUGGUUUUCAGUUUCACCUGGCCAAUUCGUGGGGCAUAUUAACUCUCCUUGCAUCUAAAACGCUUCCAGAGUACUGUAUUCUGCUCAUGUUAGUAAUAUCAAAUCUCCUCACUGUAACGUCAAGAGAUGACAGAGUCUGCUCAUUCUCCCCAUAUACGACUAUCCUGCCAAUCCAUGAAUCCAUCCUUCACUCCUCUCCUUAUACGGCAAGUAUAUCGUUUCUCUUUUUAGGUUGAAAGACAACUCCUCUUCUUACUUUUCCACAUAUAUUCCUACACCGCUGGAAUAAAAUGUGUCAGUACUCUGCACAAAUCGUCUUAUAUUUCGCCUAGCAAACCUCCACCAUUCUUCACUGCGUGCUAAGUCUGCGACCUAAGUUUAGGCGAGCCGUAUGCCAGACAAUA